AAUGAUGGCGCAGUAUGAUUUUUAAUAAUUUAAUUCUUUUCUCGUUAAACGGAAACAUCGUAAUUAGGAAAUUGUGUUUCUCCUCAGCACAUAAUCAGUUACUGCUUAAGGUAAUAAAGUUGAUUAAAUGUACCAUCUUACUUAAAAAUCCUCCAACUAAUCAUUUGGAUAAAAAGUAGUUGAUAAAUUACAUAAACUGUUUUCCACCUUAAAGAGGGAGCAUGUCGCCCUUCCAGGCAUAAACUCCUAACUUGCAGAGCGGAGUUAUACCUUCCAUGCAUUAACGCUUCAUUUAGUACCACUUCCAUCUGUUAAAUCCUUCCACACUUGAUCUUCUCUCUCUAGCGCGGGGUUCUCAUACAGUUCCAACUUUUUUGUGGCAGCAAAUGAAAAAGAGGGACCCGGACAGACAAGAUGAAUCGAAACGCAGCCAGUCAUUUUCAGCUCCAGUUUGAAUGUGACAGUUGUUCUUUGUAUUUGCGUUGGACGGUGUACAGUGGAAAAGCGGAGAUGCCCCGUGAACGCGAGCGGCUCCGCUGCCAGGACGCCGCUUGUUGUACUGUAACUGAGCCGGAGCCGGCCGGCGUGUGUGCACAGAGAAAAUGCAGCGAAUGAAGCUUCACAGACGUCCUCAAGGUCUGAAGAGACUGUUUGUCAUUAUUAUUAUUCCAAACUAACAGUUAAAAUAGUUGUGAAAGAGCUUCUACUUUUGUUUUUUUUUGUUUUUUGUUGCUUUUGUUGGAGCGUUUGAAUCAAAAUGUUCCACAGAAGUGGUUAUAAUAAUUGCGGACUGUUCCUUUAACACAGAAGAGGCUAAUAGGUUAAUUUCUGGCAGCCGCUAGCAAGCAGUGAGCAGCGAAACCUCACAUGUAGCAAACAUGACCCCCUUGUUGAGGAGAAGAUCCUCUCACCUGAACAUAACCUCCGUCUGGCCGAGUUCAGCACCAGCAGCGCUUCCACAAGCAUUCAGGGAAAUGAGUCGGAGACAGACAGCAGUGAAAUGCUGGAGCUUUUCGAUCUGCCAGCCUGAACAAACGCCCACAUGAUGGGAGGAAAGCUUGAAGUCCACAACAUGAAAGAGUUUUACGGCGCGCCUCGGACCGCUUAUCAAAGACAUUAUAAAUCCAGGAAAACGUCUCGGUUCCCACCGUCCCUGAAGAGGUUUAUUGACCCGACUCUCAGGGAGGCGAUUGGAGAGCAGCAGGAAAAGUUUCUGCUGCGUUUGUGCAGCGGUGGAGCGAGUGCAGCGGCCUGGGAGGGAAAGCACCUGCGGAGGAGGAGCGCGCUCUGGACCGCAGGAGAUAAAAGAGCCGGGUUUUCAUCACUUCCUGCAAAGCACGUUGUAAAAUGUCUCACCUUCUCUGAACAAUCACUGACGGGAGAGUUUGUUUACAGUCUGAAUAACAAUAAUAAUGGAAUCACGUUCAACCUUCUUUAUUCUCCAGGAGUAAAGAGAAGGUUUGUCUUGAAAUCAGGAGAAAUGAAACAGAAAAGACGGAUGGAUGGAUUGAUGCUGCGAGAAAGGGAGAGAGAGAGAGAAGGAAUCACGCAGCGCUGCAGGAAGUCUUCCUCCCGUCAAUCUGAACCCACUCAGCUUCCUGCGCAGAAAACCCGAUUAGCUUCUUCUCCUUCGACGCUGCUGCGACUUUAAAGGGGGAUGUGGGGAUAAUAUGCAUUAUUACUUUUAUCCAGUAAGUGAGGCGGGCCAAUAAUUGGGCAACGCUGGAGUUUUAUUGUUCCCAGCUGCUGCGGUCAUUACUAAACGUCAAAGAGAUGCAACAUUUCCUGUCGCUUUAACGACAGUAAUCACUUUCCUUUCUCCUCUGAAUACUCCGCCGUGCAUCCCGGCCGUGGAAGGUACGGAGAUGAGACUUCUUCAUCAUCUUUAUUGGAUUCGUCCCGCAAACCGAAUCAUGGUAAACACACACUGCAUCAUUUUCCCAUAUUUUCUCAUAUAGACUGACUGCCUCGCUGCAGCUGCUCGAAUUAUUGGCUAAUAAUAAACCUCUACGUCCGUUCUCGGAGAUGCUCCUGCUGAACUCGAGGAGCGAGAUGAAUCUUUUCCCUUCCCGUCAGGCAGGUGAACGCCCUGCAGACAACAAACCAACAGAGGAGCUCCGUUUUUAGAGGCUGGCAGACGCUUCACAGGUGUCACAGCUCAGGUGAGAAGAAGAUCUGAGGGACGAAGGGUUGCAAGCCGGCAGCGCGACUUCAUCUGGGAGUUACGUGUUCUUAGACGAGAUCCAAAUAUAGACCAGUUUGGGUGGAAGGAAGGGGUUUGUUUUUCUCCAAUAGAUCUUUGAAAGGUUCUGCUUUUUGUCGAACAGUAGCUGCAG